UGGGAAUCUUAUCGAGGAUAUCGUCGUCGCCGUUAGCUGCAUCGACAAACCCCCUUCGCACGCCGUCCGCUCAGUCGCACGCUGAGUAGAUAACAAAACAGGGCCCCGCCAGUUGCCGGGAGCCGAACGCAAAAAAGAGAUGGCCUCAAGGAACGCCUUUGCGCUGCUUGCUGAGGACGCGGACUCGUCCCCGUCCCCCGCACCGGCGCCCAAGCCCGCCGCACCCGCUGCCCCCGCCGCGCCCGCUAAUCGCGGCUCGCAAAAGACGCGCGGUGGCCCCGCGUCUCGUGGCGGCAAGUACUACCCGCGUGGUGGUGGUCGCGCCGCAACAUCCGGCGGCGCCGGCGAGACCGCCGGGGACGACGCGCCCCAGGAGCGCGCCAAGUUCGACAACCGUGAAGGCCGCGGACGUGGCCGUGGCCGAGGUGGCCCCCGUGGGCGUGGCCGCCAGUACGACCGUCACAGCCAGACCGGCAAGACGGACUCUGAGAAGAAGAUCCACCAGGGCUGGGGAGGCGACGAGGCCACCUCCGAGCUCAAGGCUGAGGAAACCGGCGAGGCCGAUGCUACUGCUGAGGCUGCCCCCGAGGCCGAUGGCGAGGCAACCCCGGCAACGCCCGGUGGCGAGAAGGCCGAGGGCCGCCCGCGCCGCGAGCGUGAGCCCGAGGAGGACGACAACACCCUGACCCUCGAUCAGUACCUUGCUCAGAAGAAGGAGAAGGAGGCCGCCGCCGUCCCCAAGCUGGAGGGUGUCCGUCAGGCCAACGAGGGCGCUGACAACAACAUCUGGGAGGGUGCCGUCCCUCUCCAGAAGCCCGAGGAGGACGCCUACUUCGUGGGCAAGAACAAGUCCUCUGCGCCCAAGUCGCGCGCCGAGAAGAAGGAGAAGGUCUUCAUCGAGAUCGACGCGCGCUUCGAGCGCCCGUCGCGCGGCGGUCGUGGCCGUGGCGGCUUCGAGAACCGCGGUCGCGGUGAGGGUCGUGGCGAAGGUCGCGGCCGUGGCCGUGGCGCUGGUCGUGGCCGCGGUGGCCGCGCGAACGGCGCAGAGGCGCCCUCGUUCAGCGUCGACGACGAGACCGCCUUCCCCUCCCUGUCGUAAAGGGGCAGCGUCCUUCAGGGGUCGCUAGCAGUGAAAUAAACCGCAUCAUCUGUACUGCUUACCAUGGACGCGUUGUACGCUGUGUACCCGCUACUAUGUCUUUACCAGUGUACUGAUACGCACGGUGUUGUGUGUUGUGUUCAUAUAUAAACUUAUCAUUUCCUUCUACUCUACUCGCGCCCGCUCCUGCUGCCCGCUUCUUGCUUGGUGUUCGGGAUGUCUACACGAUCUGAAUGACACAAACGAGCCCGAAUUCUCCGC